AUGGCGUGCGAUGCUCGAGUCAAGGCUCCGAAUCCAUGCUCGAGAUGUAAAAGCAACGACUUGGACUGCUGCUUCGCGAAGAACUUCAAGAGAGUAUCUACCAGGCGGAUCACCCGAGACAUUGUAAACGAGCUUCACAUUGUGCGAGCUUCGCAGAAUCCUGACGAGCAGAGUCCUCCGCCGUCGAACCGUCCAUCAACCACUCCAUCAGGAGCUCGCUCCACGUUUGUCCUGUCGGCUGAUGUGGAGGUGGGACACUCGCCCAACUUCGUGUUGGGAAGUGUUUCCAUUCCGCCCAGAGUCGCCGUUGAAUUAUUCCGACACUUUGAGAGAUACUAUUUACCUCGUGUGGCCUUUAUAGCGCCCAUACAAUCCCUGGCUCGUUUCGUCGCAGACUCGCCCUUACUCUUCUGGACAAUGGUCUUGAUCGCCUCCCAGCAUCAUGAUAAGUACAGCCAUUUGUAUCAAGACUUGUUCUUCCCUCACCAAGAGCUACUGGCGCCUCUUUCCAAUACGGCCAUCCGAUCGUUGGAGAAUGUUCAUGCCAUCUUACUCCUGUGCGUCUGGCCUACUCCAAAACGGCGGAUUUUGCACGAUCCAUCGUGGGCCUUUAUUGGCAUCGCAGUCAACAGUUGCAUGGCUUUGAAUUGCCAUAAGCCACUGGCGCAGAGACAGACUGUCCCCAACGGGACAGACGCGUAUAGAAACGUCGAUGUCCGGACCCGGUGCCUGACUUGGCUGGCGUGCUUCAGUGUCGGAACCCAGACAGCCAUCUUCCUUGGUUUUGCGCCUCCUAUGUCAUCCUUCCACCAGCUCAAGUAUGUAAGGAAGGCCAUAGACCAACUCACUUGCUGGUUGUCGUGCGAAAGUCAAGCAGGUCUUGCCAUCUGCGAAAUUAUGUGCAACUAUGCCGUAUCUCUUGAGGAUCUUGAGGAUCCAGCAGCACAUCUAUCUCUCACAAACAUGUUCGACAGCCGUCUCGAUAACAUCAAGCAAACAUACUUUGCUCAUUGGACCCCCGAACUCGGUAUCCACCUACAUAUUGCAAAGCUGAAUCUCUACGCAUUGUCGGCUUUGCUACCUUUACAAGAGAAUUCUCUAGCGAAUGCUCAAAAUGUUAUCAAUCGACAGACCCUGUUCCUACGCGGGCUGGAAUCAGCAACGACGCUUAUAAACUACAUGAAGAACAUAGCCUUUCAACCAGACACCGAGGACAAAUCUCCCACGGGGAGGCUCCCAUUCCUCCCCAGCCACUUCUUCUCUGGCCUGUUCUUCUCCGCAGUCUUCCUCUUCCGCAUCUUCAUUUGUCUCAAACCGCUGAGCCCCACACAUGGUGAACGCGCGUUCCAAGGCAUGAUCGACGCGCAAUCAACGUUUCGAGUCCUCCCGCACCAUCGUAGUCUUGCGAGAGCCGCAAGGCUGAUUGGCAAGCUCAUCGAAAAGGCGCAGACUGCAGGUGCUGCUGGUGAUCACUGGCCGUUGGCGGAGCUGACCGUGACGAAUCGUCUUGGUGCAUCAAUCCUGUGGGAUACUUUCGCGCGGAUGCAAGGCGAGGCAAAUCUCGGACGUAGGAAUCCUACAGGGGAAGCUAUAAGUGCGCCAAAGAUGAGGCUAAUCGGGCCAGACCCGCUGCCAUCGGCGCCGGAGAUGACGGUGCGGCUUCCAAAUUUCGCUGGGGAACCGUUGGUUAGAACGACUACGGCAGAGGAGCGGGAAUUGAGUUCUUGGGCACCUUGGGGCGUCGAUUUGAACAACUUCGGGUUUGAUUUUGAUCAGCAGAUGUUUUGA